UCUUGUACACCUGUAUUCUGACUUAUCCCGCCUUCUUCUCUGAAACGCAGAUACUAGUUGGACAGUGUAUAGAUCAAAUAAAAAAACAGGCCAAUCAGCGGAGUGAAACAUUGUCAACCCGAAGGAGGAAACGGAAUACCGCUUUAUGAACAGCCUGGGAAGCGUCUUCGCCUUCAUCUCCAAGGAUGCAGUCAACAAAAUCCAGAUCCUGGAGAACUUUCUGACAGGCGAGAACGGGACGCAUUACCUCACCGUCCAGUCCAUGGUGAAGUACGAGUUGGACAACGAGCUGGUGGAUCUUACCAAACGAGGCAGCCACCCAGAGUCGGGCUGCCGCACAUUACUGCGUCUGCACCGUGCCCUGCGCUGGCUGCAGCUCUUCUUGGAGAGCCUGCGCACCAGCACUGAGGACAGUAAGACCUCCGUCAUGUGCUCCGACGCCUAUAAUGCGUCGCUGGCGCAGCACCACUCGUGGUUCAUCCGGACAGCAACCGGAGUGGCGUUUUGCGCUCUUCCAGGCCGUGACACGUUCUUCGAGGUGUUGAACGCAGGCAGCCACCAGGAGGUGGUCACACUGUUGGGUGAAGCUUUACCUCUCAUCUCAGAAGUUUAUCAGAUCACAGAGGACCUGUAUGCAAAAAACAAUCUGCUCGAAUUACCAUAGAUAGGCUCUGCACUACUUGACGCAUUCUGUGUUUACUUGAUGUUAUUGUGAUAUUCCUGCUAUUCCUGUAACUUUCUAAAUACACUGGGAUAUGAUCAGUUUAUUAUUUUAAAAAAAUAAUAAAUUAGAUCACAUAUUUAUUGGUUAAAAGGGAUAUAUCGAAUGUACCUUAACACUAUUCUGUGACAUAGUCAACACAGUUAUGAAAUAAAGUACAUUAUACAUAUUUGAAAUGUUAUGUACCUUAAUGUACAUUAUUUUAUUGCUGCUUCAUGCCUGUACACCAGUGAUAUGAAUCGUUUUAAUGAGUCAGAUAAUUUGACUCAUCUCACCAAUAAGAGUCGACUCAUUCAAAGCCGUAAUCAUCAAGAUUAAAACAAAAAAGGCUUGAAAUAUUUCACUUUAUGUGCAAUGAAUCUAGAAUAUACGAAAGUUCCACUUUUUGAAUUAAAUUACGGGAAAAAAUGAACUUUUCCACGAUAUUCAAAUUUUUUGAGAUGAACCUGUAUAUGCCACACUAUUUGAGUCGACUCUUUUAGGUGAAUAGUCCGACUCACUCGUAAAUGACAUCACUUAUUCUACAUCAUUAUUCGUGUUUCAUUAUUAUUAUUAUUAUUAUUAUUAUUAUUAUUAUUAUUAUUAUUAUUCAUUUGUUCUGUAUGUAAUCAAAGUUGAAAACAGUGGACGUUGUAGAUAUUUGCACGUCUUAACGAACCAAAUAGAAAGCAAAUGAAAAUAAAUCCCACCAGAACCAGU